AUGUCUUACACUCUACUUCAGGGUACGAGGGAUCAUCGGCCAAACUCGCCUAUCCUCGCUAGCCUUAGUGAGGGAUAUCUGAAUGAUCUUGCACGGGACAACGGAAAACUUUGGUUUGGCACAGCUGCAGAUAUUCCGGGGACUGCUGAACAGACGGAUAAAGAUUACUUGAGAAUCUUGACUAACCCUAAGAAUUUUGGAGAGAUCACCCCUGCCAACAUGAUGAAGUUCAUGUAUACCGAGCCCCAACAAAAUGUGUUCAACUUCACAGGAGGAGAUUAUGUUCUCAACCUCGCUGAAAAGAAUGGAAUGCGGGUCCGAUGUCACAACCUCGUCUGGUCCAGUCAAAUAUCCGAUUGGGUAACAUCCGGUACCUGGACUGCCGCAACUCUGACAGCCGUCAUGAAGAACCAUAUUUACAAUUUGGUCACUCACUGGGGUAACCGCUGCUACUCAUGGGAUGUGGUAAACGAAGCCUUGAACGGUGACGGAACCUUCUCCUCCAGCAUUUGGCAUGACACCAUCGGGCCCGAGUAUUUCUUCCUCGCCUUCCAAUUCGCCCAAGAAGCCGUAAAGAAGACUGGCAAAGAUAUCAAGCUCUACUACAAUGACUACGGGCUCGAGAGCCCUGGCACCAAGACAACAGCCGCCUACAACUUGGUCAAAGAACUGCAGGCCCGGAAGAUCCAAAUCGACGGCGUUGGUCUAGAAUCGCACUUCAAGGUCGGUGGCACUCCAUCCGUUGCAGCCCAGGUCACUGCAAAGAAAGAAUUCCUGGAUCUCGGUGUCGACGUCGCGAUCACAGAACUGGAUGUGAGGUUUGUUGCGGCGCCAUAUUAUACAGCCGCGGGCGAGGCUACCCAGGCGCAGAAUUAUUAUGAUUCUGUUGCGAGUUGUAUGCAGGUUGGACGCCGGUGUAGGGGUAUUACGGUUUGGGAUUUCGAUGAUAAGUAUUCGUGGGUUCCGUCUGCGUUUACGGGACAGGGUGGUGCGGAUAUCUAUAAUGAGACGUUGCAACGGAAGCCUGCGUAUUAUGCUAUUGCCGAGGCGAUUACCGACGUGCCGUGUACUGUUUGUUGA